UAUGCCCAUUCAAGACGGACAAUAGAUCCAUCUGCCCUGGGCCCGUCAUGUUUGCAGGACCGCCGAACAGAUUCGUCUACCUCGGCCCAUUUGGGCCUGUUGGAGGCUGCCUGCGAGCGUCUGCUAUCGGCUUGCGCCGGCCGCGUCUACCAACCACUCCAACUACCUGCGCCUAAGAGCAUAGGCGAAAGGCUAGGCCCUGCGGCUCAAAUCAGCCAGCGACGCCAUUUGCCGGACAUUAGCCCGAGUCCUUCUUUCUGCGGCGGUGGAUUGUUGAGUCCUGUGACUGGCUCCAUGUCUGGCCCAGCUCGAACUGCCGCGUUGGCUCGUCAGACCAGCUUGUCUGGAGUGUAUGCCAAUUCCUCAGGUCUGAGUUCCAAAUCCUUCGGCCUCGUUUGGACAAAAUGGAAGGGUAUGCAGAAAGGCAGAAAGCGAACCAAGUGCAUCCAGCUUAUUCGGCCUCUGUUUGGGAACAGAAGACACCGAACAGCAGACUGCUUUAAUGAUCUGUGGUCUUGCGGGCCUUCAAGGCGGCGAAAUAAAGCGCUCGACUUUGCAGGCUUGCACAAGAACCCCAAUUUCCAGGUAACCAGACGAGGACGGAGGUUCUCAAUAGAGGUGGAUAUCCAGGGUGAUUGGGUUUCGAAAAAUCUCAAAGGCAGCAUUGGUGGGAGACUUUCGUUUCGUAUGAAAGGGCAUGAAGAUGAGAUUCGUAGGUCAAUCGCACAAGAAGGCGACGGCCGAUUCCCGUUGUACUGCCGCCGUUUGGCUCUAAUAAGACGUUCAUGUUGA